CCGUUCAUUGGCUGGCUCUGGCCCGACAGGCCGGUGCAGGCCGCGCUCGCGGGACCCCCGGCAGUUCAGGCGUCGGAGCGGACCGGGCAAGUGUUGGCCGCGGACAUGACGCCUGGGGACCAGGAGGAGACCCAGCCACUCCUGCGGCCGCCGGGAGGCAGCAGCGCUCCCCGCGGCCGCCGCGUCUUCCUCGCCGCCUUCGCCGCUGCUCUGGGUCCACUCAGCUUCGGCUUCGCGCUCGGCUACAGCUCCCCGGCCAUCCCGAGCCUGCGGCGCGCCGCGCCCCCGGCGCUGCGCCUCGACGAUGCCGCCGCCUCCUGGUUCGGGGCCAUCGUGACCCUGGGCGCCGCGGCGGGGGGCGUGCUGGGCGGCUGGCUCGUGGACCGCGCUGGGCGCAAGCUGAGCCUCCUGCUCUGCGCCGUGCCCUUCGUGGCCGGCUUCACCGUCAUCACCGCGGCUCAGAACGUCUGGAUGCUGCUCGGAGGCCGCCUCCUCACCGGCCUGGCCUGCGGCAUUGCCUCGCUAGUGGCCCCGGUCUACAUCUCCGAAAUUGCCUACCCCGAAGUACGGGGGCUGCUCGGCUCCUGUGUGCAGCUGAUGGUCGUCAUAGGCAUCCUCCUAGCCUAUCUGGCAGGCUGGGUCCUCAAGUGGCGCUGGCUGGCCGUGCUGGGCUGUGUGCCCCCCUCCUUCAUGCUGCUGCUCAUGUGCUGCAUGCCUGAGACCCCUCGCUUCUUGCUGACUCAGCACAAGCGCCAGGAAGCCAUGGCCGCCAUGCAGUUCCUGUGGGGCUCCGAGCAGGGCUGGGAAGAGCCCCCUGUUGGGGCUGAGCACCAGGGCUUCCACUUGGCCCAGCUGUGGCGUCCUGGUGUCUACAAGCCCUUCAUCAUCGGCAUUUCACUGAUGGCCUUCCAGCAGCUGUCGGGCAUCAACGCUGUCAUGUUCUAUGCAGAGACCAUCUUUGAGGAGGCCAAGUUCAAGGACAGCAGCCUGGCCUCGGUCAUCGUGGGGAUCAUCCAGGUGCUGUUCACGGCCGUAGCGGCCCUCGUCAUGGACAGAGCCGGGCGCAGGCUGCUCCUGGCCUUGUCAGGUGUGGUCAUGGUGUUCAGCACCAGCGCCUUUGGUGCCUACUUCAAGCUGACCCAGGGCGGCCCUAGCAACUCCUCGCACGUGGACCUCUUGGCGCCUGUCUCCAUGGAGCCCGCCAGUGGCAGUGUGGGGCUGGCCUGGCUGGCGGUGGGCAGCAUGUGCCUCUUCAUUGCUGGCUUUGCUGUGGGCUGGGGACCCAUCCCCUGGCUCCUCAUGUCUGAGAUCUUCCCUCUGCACGUCAAGGGCGUGGCCACGGGCGUCUGCGUCCUCACCAACUGGUUCAUGGCCUUUCUCGUGACAAAAGAGUUCAGCAGCCUCAUGGAGGUGCUCAGGCCUUACGGUGCCUUCUGGCUGGCCGCUGCCUUCUGCAUCUUCAGUGUCCUUUUCACUCUGGCAUGUGUCCCUGAAACCAAAGGAAAGACUUUGGAGCAAAUCACAGCCCAUUUUGAGGGGCGAUGACCGCCCCUUCCCGUGAGCGGCUGCCCCUCCUAGCUGGACCGGUUUUGGGCCUCGGAGGGGAUGGAGCCCGCCUGUGACUCCAAACUGAGCCCCAGCUGGAGCCUGGAUGCCCCGCCUGCCCCCAGGGAGUCAGCAGCCAGGACUGUAGCCCCUUGGAGCCUUGUCCUCUGGGGCCCCUCCUUCCUGCCCAGCUCUCUACAGCCCAGUGAAGCACGGGGACAAGGUUCCCAGCCCCUGGGUCCAGUUCCCAGCCCCUGGGUCCAGUUUCCACUGCUGCCCUGUGACUCGUGAGGAGGGAACAUCUCGGAGACGCUUUGUUGUCCUGUGGGCAGUCCUCCACGUGCCGUCUCCAUCAUGACACGAAAGUGACAGCGGAGAAGGGGGACUCUUGGUUCCUCGUUUUCUGGAGAAGAUGCUUUUGGAGGCUGGGUGAUAGCCAUGGUUACUCCUCUCACGUGGCUGCCUUAUCAGGAAGGAACUUUGCCAAAUAAAUAUUUGACUCAGAAAA